AAUCCAAUCCCUAAUUCGGAUAAUCUGAGAUUCUUCAAUCAAAUUUCUAACCCUAGAAUUCCACCCUCACCCACCUUCUGAUUCGAGAAGAAUAUCGAUGUGAUUUGAUUCCAAAAAUGUCUGAAACUGAAGCUGAAAAUGUGUUUUCAUAUCUCUCCGAUGAUGUUGUUCUUAACAUCUUCUUCAAGCUCGUCGACGAUCCACGAAACUGGUCUCGUCUCGCCUGCGUUUGCACCAAAUUUUCGUUUCUGAUUCGAACGAUUUGCUGCAAGACGAAAUGCCAUCAAGCUAUCCCUGCCGUCGUCUCCGAUCUUCUCCCGCCGAACGCCUCCAUAAUGUCGACAGUUGUUCCUCCAGGAGGUUGGUUGUCGCUGCACAAACUCGCCGUCUGCUGCCCUGGCCUCGUCCACUCCGGCGUCCUCCUCGAGAAUUCCGAUUUCGGUCUGGAACGUGAUCUAGGCCCCGAUGAAAACUAUUACGAACCUAAUUUGUUUCAAAUUAGUAAGUCUCAACCGAGUCCUUCUUGUUCUACCACUGUUGAUGAUAAGAUUAAAGAGGCUAAAGCUGCUGUUCGUGGAUCUGAUUGUUCCUGGUCUUUGUACGACGAUCUCUACUUGGAUACUGUUUACAAUAAUCCUUCUAAAUCUCAAGAUCAAGCUGAGAUGCGUGACGAAGAUCCAAAAACCGACCCUGCUGUUGUUAAAUCAGCUUGUGAUUUUGCUGUUUGUAAGAGAAGAAAGAUCUGUAGAUCCUUAACGUCUCAUUUAGCAUCAGAAGCUUGGAAUUUCAGCCGCGAACAAGGAAACAAGUUGCUGGCAAGUAGAUUUAGAGGAGAUUGUUUAUACAUUUGUGAUUGGCCUGGUUGUGUGCACACAGAAGAGAAGAGGAAUUACAUGCUGUUUAGAGGUGUUUUCAAGAACUUCAAGAAAUCUAGGGUUUGGAGGACGAUAAACGAUGGGAAUCGAAGCAAAAUUGAUCUGAAUUGUGCAUUUUGUACGAGCAAUGAGGUGUGGGAAUUGCAUUCGGCUUUCUGUUUGAGGCCUGCGUAUGGAUUCCAUGAUGAUGGGGAGCCGGUUGUUCGAGCCUACGUGUGCGAAAAUGGGCAUGUAUCUGGAGCAUGGACCGAUUGGCCAUUGUACACUUGAAGAACUUGUGAUCAUCUCUUGGUAACUGGUAUUGUUUUCUUGCACUUGAUUUCCGAUUAUCGACUGUUUUAUAUGUAUUCGAUUCGAUUUGAUUCGAUAGUAGUUACUUCUGUGAGUUACCCAUAUGCUAUAUUCCUUCAAGACUAACCAUGAAUGGGAUGUGGGAUUUGUUAUCAGAAGUGUAUUUGUUAAAGAUUUGGAUAACUUCUAUGCUUAGAUCCUUUCAUCA